CCUGAUAGUCGGCGCCGGCUUCGCGGGCCUCACCGCAGCCAUAGAAUGCGACCGCAAGGGCCACACGGUAACCCUCCUCGAAAAGUCCGCCGAGCUCCUCCCCCUCGGCGACAUCAUCAGCUUCGGCCAAAACUCGUCCCGCUUCUUUGCCCACUGGCCCGGCGUCAACGAGGCGCUGGACCCCCUCCUCCACAAGCACGACCAGUUCCGCUUCCACUCGUGGCGCGGCGAGCACGUCACCACGCAGUCGUUUGCGGAAGAGCAUGCCGCGUGGGGGAUGCGGGUGAAUGGGCACCGCGGGGAGAUCCAUGGGGUGGUGCUGGCGCAUGCGCGGGCAAGGGGGGUGGAUGUGCGGUUGGGGGUGAAUGUGGUAAGGUAUUUUGAGGAGGAGGGGUUGGCGGGCGUGGAGACGGAGGAUGGGCAGCGGUUGACGGCGGAUGUGGUGCUGGCGGCGGAGGGGGUGCGGUCGAGAGGGAGGAAGCUGGUGUUGGGGUUUGAGGAUCGGCCGCAGCCGAGCGGGUAUGCCGUGUUUCGGACGUGGUUUGCGGCGGAUGAGCUGUUGCGGAAUGAGAAGACGAGGCAUUUGGUGGAGAAUGGGGAUUCGCAUACUGGGUGGAUUGGGGAGGAUGUGCAUUUUUUGGCGGCAGCGAUCAAGGGCGGGCGGGAGAUGAGCUGGGUGUGCACGCACCGGGAUGAGGGUAGUAUUGAGGAGAGCUGGCAGUUCCCUGGCAAGAUUGAGGAUGUGUUGAAAGUGGUGAAUGGGUGGGAUCCCGUGGUGGUGGAGUUGGUCAAGCUGACGCCGCCCGAGCGGCUGUUCGACUACAAGCUCGUGUUCCGCGACCCGCUGCCGACCUUCAUCUCGCCCAAGGCGAGGACCGCGCUAAUCGGGGACGCCGCGCACCCGUUCCUGCCGACGUCAAUCCAGGGGGCGAGCCAGGCGAUGGAGGAUGGUGUUGUGCUUGCCGCGUGUUUGGACAAGGCCGGCAAGGACAAGGUGCAGGAAGCCGUGCGGGUGUGGGAGCGCAUCCGCUACGAGCGCGUGCACAAGAUCCAGCAGACGGGUGUUGCCACGCGUGAGCAGUGGCACAAGGCCGAUUGGGACGCUAUCUGGAAGGACCCGGAGUCGAUGCACCUCAAGAGGGAGGCGUGGAUUUUGAACUUUGACGCCGAGGCUGACGCCUACGCUUCGUAUGAUGCUGUGAGGGAUGAGCUGGAGAAGGGGCAAGCGAGUUGAGAGUUGGGGGGCAUCAUCUUGAUUGCGGUGGUGUUAUCUCGAGAUACAUCGGCAUCGAAGGUAUCAUUUCCGGUAGCGUUAGAGACACAGGGGUGUAGGCACGGUGGAGACACCUACAUGGGCCUGGCAGAAAGGCCAUACAAAUACCCAAGUUCGCGCAGAGAAGAGAAACUAGAAAGAAUAACACGACUGCUGAACCUGUUGCCUCCAGGAGCUCCAUGGUUCGAAGG